AUGGACUAUCAAGAAAGCAGUUUCGACGAAAGUUCAGAUGACUCCGAUCUUCUGAACGAUGAAGAGGACGACGUGAUCUGCUUCUCCGAAGCUCUGCUCCAGGUAUUUGGUCUGCCAGAAUCAAGAACACGCAUUGCGAACUACGUGAGCGAUGUUGUGCGUAAUUACAGCGAUGAGGAGUUCCGCCAGCACUUUCGCCUGCGAAGGGACAUCUGCUACAACGUAAUUGCUGGUUUCGCGGAGUCAGAAUGGAGCACCGCACAAGAAGGGCUCGGUGGCGCACCACGCAAGAGCCCAGAAGAACAGGUCCUUGCUUUCAUCUGGUACGCUGCCAACAAAACAACAAUACGUGCUGUUGGCGAUCGCUUCAAUAUGUCGGGAGCUACGGUGGAGGCGGUUUUUGAACGUGUGAUGAGCUAUUUGUGUGCCAGUGCCCCUCGCGUCAUUCAAUUUCCUGCCGACCUGCAGGACCUUGCUGAAAAGUUCAAGGAGGUGUCUGGUAUGCCAGGCGUAAUCGGGUGCAUCGACGGCUGCUACAUAUCCAUACGUUGUCCUGCACACAAGAUACCAUCUGCGUACGUGAACAGACAUGACAUGCCAACUGUGACAUUGCAGGGAGUGUGCGACAACAGUCGCCGCUUUCUGGACAUUUCAUCGGGGUACCCAAGCAAAAUACACGACGCAAGGGUGUUUGACCUGUCUGAUAUUUCCAGAAGACUUCCUUCGGUUUGUGAACAGAACAGGUACCAUUUGCUUGGAGAUGCCGCAUACCCACUACGGGAAUACCUUAUUACCCCUUAUAAAGACUACGGUAACCUGUCGGAACAACAAGUGCAGUUCAACUUCGUGCAUAGUAGCACCCGAGUGUUGAUCGAGAACACUUUCGGCAUUCUCAAGCAACGCUUCCGUCAACUUAAAGGUGUCGAGUUCUUUACUGUGGAGAAAGUUUGCAGGCUUAUUACUUCAUGUUGUGUGCUCCACAAUAUUUGUAUAGAUGAAGGAGACAUUUUGGACAAGGAAGACAAUACACACAGUGACAAUGAGGCGGACACAUAUGUAGAGACAAAUGUGCGUGACACUGCACUGCGUGUUCUGGGGGAGCAGAAAAGGUCGAGCUUGACUUCACAGUUGAUGCUAUAG